AGAAGGUUCAUAAUUCAUUAGUUCAGCAGCAGCAGCAGCAGCAGCAGCAGCUUAGCCUCCUCCCCAGUCCGAGGCCGUCUGUGGGCUCGACUCGCCUGCGCUUGCACCGCCAGAGCUGCGACGGCCAUAAGGAGUUGCCGGAGCAGAAACAGGUUCGAAGGAGCUUCCGUAGCAGAUUUCCUCUUUGUCGGUGCUGGAAUCUUGAGCAGCAAGGACAGGGAUUAACAUACUUAUGAAUGGCUUGGAGACAGAUUGGGAAAAAGGGAAUUUCUGGUAGUAUUGGGAAGGUGUUCACUUCAGCACCACCUAGAGAUGGAGUUUCAGUUUCUACACCUGUCUUUGUAGAUGCAGUGAAAUCAUUUUCUGCUUCAGGCAGAUAUGUACCAGAAUUCUAUGUCAACUCGGAAUUGGCAGGUGGCGAUGAUUUCAAAAUUUUAACUAUACAACCCUUAAUUCGAGAACUCUCCGUUAGGUUUCUUCAUCAACAUGCGCAACCAGGCCAAACCAAAUCUUGGUAUAUGAAGAAGCUCGACUCAUCAACUAAGCAGAGGAGAAGAUGUUUUCAUGGAAGUCCGGAGCUAUUGGCUAGAAGAAAAAAUGAUGAACCAUAUCCUAAGAUGACUCCCAGGAAAGGGAAGUUUGUGAAGAGGGUCAAUAAGACCCAGCCGCCUGUUGAAUUGCCAUAUGUGCCUCCCAGACUGAAAAGAACUACCAAGUCAUUGUCAGAUAAAACAAUUGACAUUUUUGAAGGCAUGACCAUUGUUGAGCUUGCCAAACGUACUAGUGAGUCAAUACCUACUCUGCAGAAUAUUCUUGUAAAUGUUGGGGAAAAGGUUGAAUCAGAGUUUGACCCUAUCAGCAUUGAUAUUGCGGAACUGGUUGCAAUGGAAGUUGGGGUCAAUGUUAGGAGGCUACAUUCGCAUGAAGGUAGAGAGAUUCUACCACGGCCUGCGGUUGUAACUAUUAUGGGUCAUGUUGAUCAUGGUAAAACUUCUCUUUUGGAUGCUCUACGUCAAACAUCAUUGGUAGCCGUGGAAGCUGGAGGGAUCACUCAGCAUCUUGGUGCUUUUGUUGUUGGCAUGGCGUCGGGAGCAUCAAUCACAUUUCUUGACACACCUGGUCAUGCUGCAUUUAGUGCAAUGCGAGCAAGAGGUGCAGCUGUCACGGAUAUAGUUGUGCUAGUGGUAGCUGCGGAUGAUGGGGUGAUGCCCCAAACUCUUGAAGCCAUCUCCCAUGCAAAAGCCGCUGAAGUACCAAUAGUAGUUGCCAUUAAUAAAUGUGAUAAACCAGCAGCUGACCCUGAAAGAGUGAAGCUCCAGCUUGCAUCAGAAGGGUUGUUGCUGGAGGAAAUGGGUGGGGAUAUUCAGGUGGUUAAAGUUUCAGCUAUAAAUAAAACUGGUUUGGAUAACUUGGAGGAGGCUUUGCUUCUUCAGGCGGACCUGAUGGAUUUAAAAGCGCGCAUUGAUGGGCCUGCUCAAGCUUAUGUGGUAGAAGCGAGACUUGAUAAAGGGCGGGGCCCACUGGCUACUGCAAUAGUGAAGGCAGGGACUUUGGUUUGUGGGCAGCAUAUUGUUGUGGGUGUAGAAUGGGGAAGAAUAAGAGCUAUUAGGGAUAUGGUUGGGACAUUGACAGAGCGGGCAACACCUGCAAUGCCUGUUGAGAUUGAGGGGCUGAAGGGGCUUCCCAUGGCUGGCGAUGAUAUUAUUGUUGUGGAUUCAGAAGAGAGAGCUAGAAUGCUUAGUGCAGGAAGGAAAAAGAAAUUUGAGAAAGAUAGGCUUCGGAAGAUUGGUGAGGAGAGGACAGAAACUCCAGAUCCAUCAGAAGAGGUGCCUGAGAGGGUUGAAAUGCCAAUUAUAGUGAAAGCCGAUGUUCAAGGCACUGUCCAAGCAGUAACAGAUGCAUUGAAGACUUUAAACAGUCCACAGGUGUUUGUGAACAUAGUCCAUGUUGGUGUUGGGCCGGUUUCCCAGUCUGAUGUGGACUUGGCACAAGCUUGUGGUGCAUUUAUAGUUGGAUUCAAUGUUCGGAGCCCACCUAGUUCUAUCAGCAUGGCCGCAACUCAAGCAAGUAUAAAGAUCAAAUUGCAUCGUGUGAUUUAUCACCUUUUGGAGGAUAUUGGGAAUUUAGUCAUAGAGAAAGCUCCUGGGACUUUCGAAACCCAGGUUGCUGGGGAGGCUCAGGUGCUCAACAUCUUUGAGAUCAAAGGAAGGAGCAAGUCCAAGGGAGAGGAUGUGAGGAUUGCUGGCUGCAAGGUAGUAGACGGCCAUUUCACCAAAUCAUCAAUCCUUAGGCUUCUAAGGAGUGGGGAAGUUGUCUUUGAGGGGCCGUGCGUCUCACUCAAGCGGGAGAAGCAGGAUGUGGAGACGGUGGGGAAGGGGAGUGAGUGUGGACUUGUGAUUGGUGAUUGUGAUGAUUUCCAGAUUGGGGAUGUCAUCCAGUGCUUGGAGCAAGUGAACAGGAAGCCCAAGUUUAUAUCAUCCGAGAGUGGGGCUGUUCGAAUCGAGUGCUGAUGGUGGUUUUGUUAAUUGAUAUUUUUAUUAUAGAAACCUGAUACUUCUACUAGUCAUGGUAUUUGCUUGUUCUUGUAUGUUGAAUGAAUACCCAAAAAUUCUGUAGCAAGCCAUUUUUUCUUGACUGGAAAAGAUUUUUUUUGGUUGGGGGGUGGGUGGAAGCGAAAUAAUUUAAUUGUUAGGCAAGUUAAGAGUUUUGUGCUUGGAACAACAACAGCUGAUAUAGUGAUAUUUGUAAGUUGACAAUUUUGUGAGGCCAAUUGUAAUAUUUAUUUACUAUCAAUUGAAAUGAGGAAUUUAUUUAAUUA